UCUCGUUUCUCUUUCUCUCCUUCUUUCUGUCGAUUCGUUGACACUCUCUCUGUUGCGUAACCCUUUGUCCUGGUUUAGCUCUUUGAGUUUCAGUUUCUGUAAACCGUUUCCACUUGUUUUCAUAUCAGUGCGUUUUUUUCUGUUUCUCUAAAUUCUGCUGCGUCAGCUAUUUUUUAGCUCUGUAACUCUCUUGUUGUUUCCUCCUAAUGUUUCUUACUUCUGGUUUUCCGAAAUCUUUUGCUGCUCCGCGUGCUUUUUAGCUUCGAAAAAGCGUUUUGUUUUUUUGCUCCGAAUAUGUUUCGCUAGUUUGAGCUCCUGUGAAUGUGUUCCGGCUUCGUAUCUCUAGCGUUGUCUCUGUACUUAUCUUCUGCGGUUGUUUCUCCACUUACGAUUGUCAAUUCGCGCAUUUUUUUCGUCGAUUUCGUUGCCAGGAUGCUGAAGAAACGCAAGGCCGAGAAGAACACGAAGAAGGACAAGGCGAGCAAGAAGGACUCAGAUGCUCCGAAGCGUCCCUCCAGUGCCUUCUUCAUCUUCAUGGAGGAUUUCAGGAAGUCCUUCAAGGAGAACUAUCCUGAUCAGAAAUCUGGUCCAGCUGUUGGGAGAGCUGGUGGUGAGAAAUGGAAAUCAAUGUCUGAUGCUGACAAAGCUCCCUAUGCUGAGAAAGCCUUGAAGAGGAAGGCUGAUUAUGAGCAAGCUGUCCGAGCAUACAAGACGAAGCUCAAUGGUAAUGGAUGCAAUGAACCGAGGGAGGAAUCUUUUCAAUCGACCUCUGAGAUCCACGACGAGACAGGCCAGGAGGCGAGCUCUUAGGGAAAGGAGAGCUAAGACUCUGUACAGAUGGUUCAGCAGUUCUGGACAGCUUUUGGGAUAAAGAAAUUCAAUUGUUCUUGUAUGUUUCUAGCAUUUAUGUACUACUUCAAAGGUGGUAUGGACAUGGUUUUCUAACUAUGGACAUGGUUGUCAAUAAUCAAUAUGACAUUUAUUUGGCUUCUGUUCC